AUGGGAAUUGAACUACCAGCUUAUAUUCUUGGCGCACUCACUGCGGGUGGUGGAACGAUGGGUUAUGUCAGGACUGGAAGUGUCCCAUCUGUCGCCGCAGGUCUCACUGUUGGAUCCUUGUACCUCUUGGGCGGUUAUCGUAUUCAGAACCGCCAAUCUUAUGGUGUUGAACUCGCUCUACUCGCAUCUAUCGUUCUCGCAGGCUCCUCUAUCCCAAGAGCAAUUCGCACCCAAAAGCCACUGCCGGCUGGGUUGAGUCUUCUCGCCAUAUACGGACUCUUCACCUUCGGCAAUGCAUUCAGAGCGCAAAAGUAA